GGACAGUCCCCCGCUGCCGGGGCUGCCACCGCCCACCACUCGGGACUACGAGCGAGCUGCAGGCGGCCGCCGAGCGGGAGAAGGGCCCGGCUGGGCGAGCGUACGGCCAUGGCCCCGUGGCUGCAGCUCUGCUCCUUCUUCUUCACUGUCAACGCCUGCCUCAACGGCUCGCAGCUGGCAGUGGCUGCGGGCGGCCCGGGCCGCGCGAGGGGCGCCGACACCUGUGGCUGGAGGGGAGUGGGGCCAUCCAGCAGAAACAGCGGGCUGCACAACGUCACCUUCAGAUACGACAACUGUACGACCUACUUGAAUCCAGUUGGGAAGCACAUGAUCGCUGAUGCCCAGAACAUCACCAUCAGCCAGUAUGCUUGCCAUGACCAAGUGGCAGUCACCAUUCUUUGGUCCCCGGGGGCCCUUGGCAUUGAAUUCCUAAAAGGAUUUCGAGUAAUACUGGAGGAGUUGAAGUCGGAAGGAAGACAGUGCCAACAGCUGAUUCUCAAGGACCCGAAACAGCUCAACAGCAGCUUCAAAGGAACGGGAAUGGAAUCUCAGCCUUUUCUGAAUAUGAAAUUUGAAACGGAUUACUUUGUAAAGAUUGUCCCUUUCCCUUCCAUUAAAAAUGAAAGCAAUUACCAUCCUUUCUUCUUCAGAACCCGGGCCUGUGACCUGUUGUUGCAACCUGACAACAUAGCCUGUAAGCCCUUCUGGAAGCCUCGGAAUCUGAAUGUCACGCAGCGCGGUUCAGAUGUGCAAGUGUCCUUCGACCACGCGCCGCAUAGCUUCGGCUUCCGUGCCUUCUACCUCCACUAUAAGCUCAAGCACGAAGGCCCCUUCAGGCGGAGGACUUGCAAACAGGACCAGAAUACAGAGACGAGCAGCUGCCUCCUCCAAAAUGUUUCUCCAGGGGGUUAUGUCAUUGAGCUGGUGGAUGACAGCAACACAACCCGGAAAGUUGUGCAGUACGCGGUGAGGCCAGUGCACUCUCCGUGGGCGGGGCCCAUCAGGGCUGUGGCCAUCACCGUGCCUCUGGUGGUCAUCUCGGCAUUCGCAACGCUUUUCACUGUGAUGUGCAGAAAGAAACAACUCGAAAAUAUAUAUUCACAUUUAGAUGAAGAGAGUCCCGAGUCCACCGCACAUGCUGCGGGUCUCCCCAGGGACGGGCUCCAGCCACGGCCCACGGUCUUCCUCUGCUACUCCACUAAAGACGGCCAGAAUCACACGAACGUGGUCCAGAGCUUUGCCUACUUCCUCCAGGAUUUCUGUGGCUGUGAGGUGGCUCUGGAUCUAUGGGAGGAUUUCAGCCUCUGCAGGGAAGGGCAGAGGGCAUGGGUCGUUCAGAAGAUCCACGAGUCCCAGUUCGUCAUCGUGGUGUGCUCCAAAGGCAUGAAGUACUUCGUAGAUAAGAAGAGCUACAAGCCCAAAGGCGGCGGCCAAGGAGAGCUCUUCCUAGUGGCCGUGGCGGCCAUUGCCGAGAAGCUCCGUCAGGCCAAGCAGAGCUCACCUGCAGCGAGGAGCAAGUUUAUCUCCGUCUACUUUGACUACUCCUGUGAAGGCGAUGUCCCCUGCCUCCUGGACCUGAGCACCAAGUAUAAGCUCAUGGACAACCUUCCUGAGCUGUGUUCCCAUCUGCACUCAGGAGAGCACAGCCUGCAGGGGCUGGGUCAGCGCCCAGGACACAGCGGCAGAAGGAACUACUUCCGGAGCAAGUCCGGCCGCUCCUUGUACGUUGCCAUUUGCAACAUGCACCAGUUUAUAGAUCAGGAGCCUGAUUGGUUCGAGAAGCAGUUUCUACCCUUCCCUCCCCCACCUCCCGUGCGCUGCCAGGAGCCAGUCCUGGAGAAGUUUGACUCGGGUUUGGUUUUAAAUGACCUGAGCAAACCAGGACGCGAGAGUGACUUCUGUCUGAAAGCUGAUGCUUCUGUACUUGGGGCCACCAGGCCAGCUGACACAUACUCCUACCUGGAAAAUCACCACGCAGGCCUGGAGCGAGACACGGGGGCCACGCCCGUCUGUGACAGUGGCCCUGCCUUGCAGCCUCUGCUGCACGCAGUGAAAGCUGGUAUUCCCUCGGACAUGCCCCGGGACUCAGGCAUAUAUGAUUCCUCUGUGCCCUCCUCAGAGUUGUCUCUGCCUCUGAUGGAAGGCCUCUCCCCUGACCAAAUGGAAACCUCUUCCCUGGCUGAGAGUGUUUCUUCCUCCUCUGGUCUAGGCGAGGAGGAUCCCCCUCCCCUCCCGUCCCGGCUUCUCACCUCGGGGGCAUGCAAAGGAGAACACGGUUGCCACAGCUACACUGACGAUCUCCAAGCGGUUGCCCCUUUGUAAGGGACACGGGAGAAUCUAAGCAACGCCACUUUAACGCCGCCCGCUCCAGCUCCCCAGCUCACCCCUGCAGCUGUGCAGCCUGUUUGGAGCAGGGCUCACACACACACUAGGGUAUCUGGAAUGAAAUUCUGGCCAACACUCCAUCCUUUCUACUCUAGCCUUCUAUAACAGAUGAUUAGCAGAGUCUCCCAUCUCCCAAAAGCACGUGGAGCUCUACGAGGCAUGUCCGCUAGGUCAGGGGGCAGCUGGCUGUGUGAGGACACCCCUCGGAUCGGAGCCUGUUCUGGGAGCUAGAGAGGAAGCAGAUAAAGAGAACAGGAAACACGAGUACCACUUGUUCUUGCUUCGCUGAGCUCCGCAAGCCUUUCCCGGCUACUUGAAUUCAAAUGCUUUGUGGGAAAAGCACUUUGAACCUCAUUACAGCCACACAUGUCAGGUACUGUCUGGGACUCAGAUUUUGCUGCAAGUGACGUUCCCAUCUGUUUUUUGAUGUGGGACUUAAACUGUACUGAGUGUUAAGUAAACUUUGAGUCAAAGGUCCGGGCAAUGACUGAAUGUCCAUCCAGUCACUUUUUGUGAAACAACUGUCUCUGUAUUACUGGGAAACAUGGCUGGCCAGGAUGGAGUCCCAUGGAGCAGGCUGACCACCUUGACCAUCCUAUGUGAAGAAGAUGCCAGAAGCUGGGCAUCUUCCCUGAGUUAAAGUAGCCAUCAUGUGGAGACCACAGCUGUCUGUUUUGUUCCCCUGAGUUGCAUUUACUGCUCUGCAGCUGGGGCGAUGAUGGCUGAUGCUCAGCUGGGCAACUUUGUUGGAAGCUGUGCCUCUCCUUGGGCUGGUGCUCUGUGUCCUGAAUGUUAGAGGUCAGAGUCUACUAAAUUACACAGUGUGGGAGGUGGUGGCCAUUUAGUCUACUGAUGUGGUUAGUGACAAACCUUCUUAGACAGCAGGAAGGAGGGGAUUGUUACAAAAGUAAAUGUUCUAUUUUUAUGAAUGACUCUUGUACAGAAGUUCUUUUUCCAAAGGCGAAACAUCUUUUUACACGCUGUUGGUUAGAUGUAUGUAAUGACGCGUCCGUCUCCUCUGUGGAAGCCCUUAUACUCUCGUCCUGACACGCUUGGUCACUUCUAUCAUGAGUGCUGCUGGAUUCUGGCAGUCUGUUUUCUGAGCAUUCUACCAGGAACCGUGAAGGAUUUCCCCCAUUCCUUAACCAGAUAGGAUCCGUGCUGAGAUCCUAUCUGGUCACGGAAUGGUUAAGGAGGCUGCCGAGAAAGAUCCCAAGGUGGGGCGGAGGCCAGAUGAGGCAGGGCUUUUCCUUCUAGGCACGUUUUCAGCGGGAGGGGAGGGGAAGCCCGGCUCUCACUGAGAAGAAGCGGAGAUCUGUGUGUAUUUUGGAUGAAAGUGCCCUCCCUGCUCUGCACAGGCAGCUGGCGGCUUCUCCAGAGAGUGCGUUCCUCUGUCCGCUGGCAGAGAACAGAGCAGCUGCUCUGGGCGAGCUGUGAAACCAGGCCUCUCAGCGGAGGAGGAGUCUGUUCCAUGUUGUCACUGUGGAAUCCAGACCAAGCAGACGGAGCUCCCAACUCCACGAGACUCCCCUGGCCAUCCUCAGUCUUGGCAUUUCUUCUCUGAAGGAGAUUGGUGGGCCUGAAUUGCUAAUGUAUGACUAUUCACUGGGAACAUCAGUUUUUUUUUUAAACUGAGGCCAAGAAAUAUUUUAUGCCUCCUCUCCCCAAAGAAACCCCUUGUAGGAUAGAUACUCAGCUUUGCAUAUGGAAUGUGGGUCCCCUGAGAUUGUCUAGGGACAGCACGGGGCCUUGGGCUUAGAGCUAAGCAAGGCCCAGGCAGAGAGCUCACUGCAUGGAUUCAGGUGAGGAAACCGUCUGAGCCAUCUUCUGUGCUAAUCUGAAAAGCCAGGAUCCCAAAUGAGGUGGUGUUUCAGCUUGCAUUUAGCGGCUGGAUGCUUUUAUUUUGAAAUACAAAUGUUUCUGAUCAGAAGACUCGGAUUCUAACGUGCCAAGUGAUGGAACUGCAGAGAGGUUGCCUAGCUCAGGGUGAGCUGACUGUGGGCAACGAGGUGAAAUUUUAUUAGUCGACCCCUUUUCUGCCUCCCAUCUGGUCACUUGAGCUAGGAAUGAGAAUUGCCUUGCAGGCGCAGACAAAGUGUCUGUUCUGAACAGAGCUGCAGGUUUUGACUCAGAAUUGCCCCUCGCAGUACAAAUGGCGAGGUUAAUUAGGGAGACCUGACAAUGCACGGGCUUUCUGAUGCUGUAGGGGAUCAAGAGGAGGUUGGGGCUGAGUGAACAGUAUGUGGGGAGGGGGAGGUGUCCACUGGAAAGGAGGCCAGGGCGAGGCUGGGGCUACAGGAGGCCAGGAAUGAUGAGGCGGUCGUUGACCUGUGUCUGUGGGAACCACCUCAGUGGACCCCGCCCAGCUACCUGAGUGCAGAGGCUCGGGGCUUUGGGGCACAUGGAUGUCUAGAUGUAAUCACAAGCCAUCCUUGCCCAGGCCCAGGGGUCCAGACAGGACCUGCACAGGUGCUGCAGUAUUUUGACUCAAAAGUGAGACCGGGCCUUAAAAGUUAGGGUCUGAAGGUUUUGAUUACCAGACAAGUGCUAACUGAAGUCAGCCCUGGGUCAGGAGUUAAGCCUGUCUUUCGUGAUGAUGAGGUCACUGGGAGUCAGCUUGCAGGCCGAGAUCAAGUUCAUGUGGGAUUGAAGCUCACACUUAACACUCCCGAGCCACGUGACUUUUUUUUUUUUUGGUUUUGUUUUGUUUUACUGGUUUUUUUUGACAACCUCUAGUCUUAGGUCCUCUGACAAGUAACUAAAUAGGAAACUGUCCCAACCUGCCUCAGAACUGUGGGAUUGCAGGGUUGUGGGGGCUUUUCAGAAGGAAUAGGGAAGCUGUUUUGUUCCUGGAGGAGAAAGAAAUGAAGACACAAAAAUCCCUAGCCACCUCAACACGAGAGAACAUUCUGCCCUUAUUGAAAACAGGUAGGCAACACCAAUGUGAAGGUUUCUCUUCCUUUUCUUUUAUCUUCCAUUGCUGGGGGAUGGCUGUGCCUUCUGGGACGCCAGUGUACUCAGGCAUAAGGAGAACAGCGGUGACAUGCCACCUCCAAGAGAGGCGAUAGGACACGGUGGAGCAAACUGAGUCACCCCUGUUCCGGAGCAGAGAACACUACAGAUGAGUGUCUCCAAGCUGAGAAGAUCUACUUUUUAAGCUGUUAAGGUCUAGCUCUGACAAGCCAGACAACCCAACUUUAGUCCUGCGAACCUACCUUCUCCUGAAAGCUGAGUUCAUUAACUUCCUCAUGCUGACCAACUGUGGCACUCUCAGACACACACACACACGCACACACGCACACACGCACGCAUACACACUAAAUUAAAAAAAACCUCAAAGUAAGCAAGGCAUGGACACUGAAACCUUAGAAACUACUAAAAUGAAUUCAGGGCCAACAGAAUGUGUAGAUGAAUCUAGUUUUGUAUAGCGGCUGCCCGGCUGUGACCUCUGCUUUAUAAGAUGUGGAAAAGCCAUCCACAGUCGUCACAGAUGUGUGGGGGCCCGGGACAAGCUGCUGUUAGCCCUGUCCUUCGGGAAACUUGAUGCAGUCCUGAUGAUAUUGCUUCUUAUGUAGCCCAGGCUGGCCUUAAACUCCCGAUGCCUCUGUCUCUGGCAUGCGCCAUGACCCGCAGCCUCAAUAUGAUUCUGAAUGCAUUUGAAAUGCAUCUGUGUCUUUCGUGGGCAGCUCAGCUGUCAAUUUCAAACUCAGAUGCAUACUGCCCUGCGUUUGAAAGCAGGCAACAGUUGUAUUUAAAGCCCUGGACUUCGGGGGGCCUUUUUUGUAGUUAGCUCUAGUUGUGAUCAUGUUUUUAUGUGGCGGGGCAUUUUCUGAGCUUAUGCCAAGAUAUUAGGAGAAAUUCACUUGGCAAGAUAGCAAAGACUGGUGAAACACCCCACCUGGGUUCUGGCAUCACCCUUCUUCUGUAGCCCAGGAAGCGGAGAGGUGCGUUUCCUCCUGUAGUUGAGACACUGUGUGUCCCCAUGGGUGCUGGCUCCCCCAUGUCGUAUCGCCACUUUUCCAGACCCAACGGUGAAAGUUAGCUGAAGCAAGGCUGGCUGUAAGCGGCUGGCUUUGGCUACGGUGAGGAGAGGCUUACAUCACCCAGCACGUUCCCUCCAGUGUGCUCAAGACGGGCUGUGCUUGACUUGUUCCAGACAGGAGGCUGUGGCUGAGAGCCUGGCUCCCCAGUGAAGACUCUGCAACGUCCCUGCGGAUCAGAAAGUUCUAGUUCUUCGUAUGUCUUUCUUGCAGAAGAAGAAAUUCAAGCCAGCCCUCUUUUGUCUAGGGUGUAGAGGAGAAAGAACAGCUGGUCACCUUCCCUUCCCAGUAUUGAGAAGCGUAGUGAAGUCAUCCUCUGGUGUGUUUGCAGUGGUAAAUAGCCCCACCCUCUGAGUUUCACAGCUCCAGGUCUCCAGGUCUCCAGGGCCUUUAAUGGUUUCCUCUCCUGCACUCCUCAGCUUCACACUCCAGUUUUGUUGCCCAAACGACGCCCGAACCCAAACGAGGGUGCCACCCGACAGCCACACCCCAGUUAGGAUUACAGGGAGAUUUGUGCGGGCCUAGCUGCUCUCACCACAUAGCAAACCGUCACAGCCCUUUUAAAGGGCUGUCACCUCACCGAUAGCGCAUUCCAAGGGUUAUGCCCUUGUGCUCUCUUGGUGACAAUCCUUGCUCCUGCUUUGUAGCCCCCCAGGCAGUUGGUGCUUAUUCCUGAUGUAUUUAACUUCUUUCUUUAAUCUGAAGACGCCCUUCCGAGUGGCAGCUACCCCAUACGCCAAUUUUGGGUUCUGUUUUUGCCUAUCUCUAGGCUUGGCCUUUAUUUUUGUGAGUCAGACUAUUAUCUAAGUGGCGCAUGCCUCAGCAGAAGUCCUGGCAAGGUAAAGCCAGGGGCUGCUAAGUGCCGCCUUCCCGACGCUGUUGGGGACUAGUUUACAAAUCCCUUUGAAUGCCUCAGGGAGGGCCUGGGGAGCUUUGGCCAAUUGUUUUCUUUCCUGCCCCUUGGACCAUGCUGAUGUCUGCCAGGCAUAGCGGUUGGUACAAUCAGAAACCAGACAGAAGCAAUCGUUCCAAGUGCACGGCAAGUAUUUAUAUCACAUAGAUCCUGCAGAAAGAGUCAAAGGAGCAGCCUCCUGUGGAUGCCACAGGGUUAUGUGCAGUGCACUCAUAGGUUCCUUUAAGAAACUUCCUCUCCAAGAAGCAAAAACUUGGACGGCAGCAAAAACUUGUGUACCAACCCAAAGUGUUUAUUUUGAGAGUAACUUUCAUUUUCCCUUAUCUGUUAAAAAACAAAGCUGUUUUUACUGUGGAAGUUCUGUGUUAAGGAGGAAGGCGGUGAUGACUGAUGCCGUUGUUUAUCUUUUAAGGCUUUUCUUUGUGGGAUUUGGCAGAAUAGUCAUCACCGACAGCUGUGGCAGUGUGCCGUAUUUUUACAUUGGAGAUAUCGAUGGUACAUGUGACUGGACAAAGCCCUGUAAAUAGAUGAUAACAAGUCACGGCUGACGUUUGUAAGAUGUGUUUGUGCCUUAGGAUUUCUGGAUCAAAUAAAACGUUUUGUGGUCA